AUGCCUGUCUGCCUCCAGUUCCUUCGCACCUCAUCCGCAACAGCAGUCAGUCAUGCUGGUGAUAGAUUAUAUAUGGCGCUGGUCCAAGAAGUCAUCGACAUGUUCCGAAUCCCUUCCGAGAUAUUCACAUUCGAGGACCUAGACGACAUCCCCUCCGAUUGCGAACCGUCCUACGAACCGUCUAGCGACGAGCACGAGAACCCGAGCGAUGGUGAAUCAAAGGUCUCCGAAGAUUCCGAUGACCUCUACGACUCGAGCGACUCUGAAGGCUGCCCGGAUGUUGAAGACUGUACUAUGAACAGUCAGUUGAAACUCGGCGAAGUCAGUGGGCUCAGCAAUCGACAUCGCAACAAGAGCAGCCUGAUGCUGUUGGCUUCCGCUCGUUCUCGCGCCCCGAAGAUGAAAGUACGGCCUCCGCCAAAGACUGAGGAAGAAAUUGCACUUCGAGAAUUGCGCAUCCACCGGAAGAAGGAAAAGCGAGAGCUUGCCUGUUUUCGGCAGGAGGUCGAGGACAGGAUGGAAACAUAUCACACUUCGGUUAUUCACAAUCCAAAGAUGGAACACAUCUUGCAAGGCGACCGCAACUCAACCAAAGCCGUGGUCCUCGCAAAGGCGAACAACCCGAUCUUCCUCCGACUCACCAUCGCAGAAGUCGUUGAAUACGCCGAUGUUCUGGCGGCCGAAAUCCAAAGGCUCGAUCCUGGAGGUUGGCCUGCAAGGAGUACAGCGGCCCGACAUUGCGAUCAGAAGUCUCUGUUCAGGCGUACCAGACGGUCUUUGGACCGUAUUGAACAACUAUGCAGCGAGAAGAACGCCAAGGAGCGGGCGAGGUUGAAAGAGGAGGCUAGGGCACGGUUCAGGAAGGAUAGCAUGUUAGAUCAAUGA